GUGGGCCAGUCUGCGAUUUUUGUGGAGCUGCUACGCUCUGCGACUGCUCCAAUAAAAGCACUGUGACAAGUAGCAGCGAUUUUUCGGAGCAAUUAACCUAUAAAUUAAAAAUGUAGUUUUAUAGGUUAAUUGCUCCGAAAAAUCGCACUCGGUGUUCGGCACCGUUCGUUGCAUUUACUAAAAAAGUACAGGACUAUAGGUGUGAUUAUGAUAGGCAACAUCAUCGUCUAGUUUUUAUUUAUUUAUAUCGUAUGAUCGAAAAAAACGGCGUCAGCGAUAGCUAUGAAAUGAAGAUUGCUGGCAUUUUAUAUGUAAAAUUUAUGGGGAAUGUUAUCGAUUGUCAUUUCCAAGCCAACUGGACGCCGUUUUUUAUUUCGAUCAGUAGUGGCGAUUUUAACGUCUGUGCAAUCGGGAUUCAUGAAAGAAAAAGCGAACGCUGCUACGUUUCCCGUUCCCAAACUCCCAACAGCUCCAGUACACAGAAUAUACUCAAUAUACUAUGCUCCAGUCGACUGCGACCUGCGACGACUGUGACUGGAACAGUCUGACCGGGCGACGGGGCUAGGAGCAUUUUCAGAAUUUACACUAUUGCCUGCUAUUGCUCCUAUUGCUACUCACGAGCGCAGAUGUCCUAAACUUGUAAACUGCUCCGAAAUGUCACUGCGAUUUUCUUGGAACUGGAGCAGUCACAUACUGCGACGUUGGUGGAGCUGUGACAAAGUAGCGGACUGCGAUUUCACAACCCACCUCUAGUAAAUAGUAAUAAAAAGUGAAACGACUGAAUUGGGAUAAAUUCAGAAUGUUGAUAAAAUGGUUUUUAGAAAUUAUUCAAUUGUACUGGUUUAUUUAAGCAGAUCUCGCAUUAUCUUCGUAGUGUAAAUAUUGCACUAUGUAUGUGUGAAAUAAUUUUAAACGCUGUAUACAUCAGUAAGAAAGAAUUGUGAAUAAUAUUUUUUAACAGUUGUUUUAUGUGUAAAGUUUUGUGUACAAAAAUAUGUACCUAAUGGAUAAUAAAUCAUAAUAAAUUAUUGAAACUAAUAGUGAGUGAUUUUAGUGUAUGUUGAUUAUAUCAGUAAACUAUGCGUUUAUUUUUAUGGUUUGAACUUUAAAUUCUAAAAAUAACUAGUGUUAAAUGUUCAGUUCGUAGUGUAGUGUAUAAAAUAAUUUGGUAAACAAAGAAUUUAUAGUCGUAAGACAGAUGAUAAUAUAAGCAUAGCAAAUUAGGCAAUAUGACUACAAUUACAAUGGAAGAAUAUGAAUUGAUGAAAGACUCCAAAUAUCGAAUAUAUGUAAGUGCAAUUGAUAGAGCCUUAAAGAACUUUGAGUACACAGCAGAAUGGGCUGAUCUAAUAUCAGCAUUAGGAAAAUUAAAUAGAGUUUUAUCAAAUUAUACAAAAUUUCCAGUAAUUCCUAGACGAAUUAAAAUUAGUAAAAGGCUGGCACAAUGCAUGCAUCCUGCCUUACCAUCAGGAGUUCAUUUGAAAGCCCUGGAAACAUAUGAUAUUAUAUUCAAGUGUAUGGGGACAAAUAGGCUGGCAUGCGAAUUGUUUAUAUAUAGUUCAGGUCUUUUUCCUUUAAUGGGUCAUGCCGCCAUGAACAUACGUCCAACGUUGUUGAUGAUAUACGAAACACAUUUUGUACCUUUAGGAGAUAGAUUGCGACCAGCACUGAGCGGUUUUCUUAGCGGAAUAUUGCCGGGUUUGGAUACUGGAUCUGACCAUUUUGAUAGAACUAAUUUAUUAUUAGAAAACGUUUGUGAAGGUGUGGAGCCGGCUUAUUUUUAUACUUGCAUCUGGCAAUGCGUCGCUAAUAACAGUCCCGUUCGAUUACCAGCAAUUACUUACGUCUUGUCUCAUUAUAAUCGAAAAUUAGCCAUGGAAGAUCAAUUGCAUCUAAUGGGACACGAUAUCGGAUUAAUGGUAUCAGGCCUAUGCGCCGCUGUUCAAGAUUCAAGCGUUUUAGUACAAAGAUCGGCAUUGGAUUUGCUAAUAAUUUGUUUUCCCAUGCAAAAUAAACAACUUCUGUACGCCGAUAUGGUAAGGUUGGUGACAGCGGCCUUAUCUACCAUUUUAAGGAGAGAUAUGUCUUUAAAUAGACGUUUAUAUUCGUGGCUUCUUGAAACAGAAACAAAUAAUUUACCACUAGUCCAAGUAGAAGGCGAAUUAAAUAAAGAAGUUUCGGAUCCUAAAAAACACUCGAUAGCCUACGAUCUUUUAAACGAUGGAAUAAAGAAUAUAUUGAAAAAGGCAAUUUCAGUUGUUCCUCUUGACGUGAAACCUUAUAGGCUUUUAACGUCUUUGUUUGAGAAACCACAAAUUGGUCCUGUGAUUUUAGAUGGCAUCUUAUACGACAUAUUUCGAACUUUAUAUUUGUCAUGUCUUAAUCUCCAAAGACAUAAAAAUCAGUCAGUAAGAUGUGUGUCGUUUAAUGGAGAUAUAAAUAGUUUAAAAAACGAUGACAAGCUUUUGAAUAAGCAGUUUGUUAGUAAAAAUUGUCAGGAACUAGUGAAAAAUGCAAAUUUGCUAUUUAACACACUCCAAAGUUACUAUAUUUGGUCGUACAUUGAAAGAUUGUACGACGAAGCCGUUAAGAAUAUAAAAAAAUAUAAGUACCGAGACCGCUGUCAAGUUAAUGAAAUUGGUAGUGGACAACCGUACAUUCUAGAAUUAUGCAUUUUAACGGACUUUCUAUUAGAUAUUAUCCCUAUAGAGUCAUAUGGAGAGAAUACUUCAAAUAUUUUACCUAACUUAUUUAACAAAAUAAUUAAAGUGUCAAGCUCUUGCGUGGCCGAUUUAAACCAUUAUGAAAUAUCGAAAAGUCUAGAAUUGUGUACGAAAAUUCUUAUGAAGAUACAACCUCUAACUAUGACUCAGUUACAAACGGAAACUGAACAGGCAGCUAGUACGUUGGAUAAUUCGGAAAAAGUUGCGGUUGGUACUGUUAAAAUUGAAGCUGACGAGCAACGAACGAUAGAGAAAAGUAAAUCUGACUCCAGAAUUAAUGAGAACUUAAAUGAAUUUCCUGAUAAGAAUGAAUUAACUGUAGAGGAUUUAGCAAGGGAAAGGUCGUAUAGUAAUCAAUUCCUAAAGAAGAAAGAUAAAACUAGCCCAAAAAUAGAGAAAAAAUCCAAGAAUAAGAAAUCAAAAUCCAGUUCCAAACUUUCCGAAAUUAAAAACGAAGGGGAUGAAACAGUAACUCUUAGUACGGAUGAAACUUCUGAGCCAUCAUCGAAGGAAAGUACUCCAGUCGCUAUUACGAAAACAAAGUAUGAAAACAAACAGUUCGUGCAGUGUCUUGAAGAGUAUAAAACCUUCUAUGUAGCGUUCAUUCAAUCAAAGAUCCUUCCAAAGACUGAUAUUAAAGAAUUUUUCAAAUCGUUAACGUGCGACAGAAAUCAAAGGAUAAAAUGCUUACAAAAACUAUUAGACAAUAGAAUGUCAAAUGACGAUAGCGACUUUGGCCCAGUGGAUUAUACAGUAAAAAUUAAAAACGAAAUAUUAACAGCCUUUCGUCAUGUGGAAGAUUUAAAAUCGGACUAUGAAAAUUGUAUGAGCGUAGCAUCCAACUUAUUACUAGAAUUCUGCGCAUUUCCUAAUUUGUUAACAUCUUUUCGAGAAAUGAAGUUGCCUCUUUGGCUCGAAUCUCUCGUAGUUUCGGCAUGUUGUAAAUCUUCUACUAGAGAAAUCCAGAUUACAGCAAUGAACACUCUGCUUGAAGUGUGCAGUUUAUCCAAAAAUCAGAACCUUGGUAAUAAAUUGGAAGGCAACAAAAAUAUAAUUAUUACUGGUAUAUUGGAUCAUCGGCAUGUGAGUUACAUAGAAGAGAACACUAUCGUAAUUGAGGAAAUGUCAAAAAUUUUAUGGAGGCUUCUUGGUAUCAUUAAGAAUCAAAAUCAGUUAAUGGUGUGUGUUACAUUACUUUAUCAAAUCCAUAAUACUUUUGACUGUAAAUUGUUUGUGGAACAAGAAAUUGGAAAAUAUCUUACAAAUGAUAAUAUAAAUCCGAAGUAUAUUAAGCAGUUUUUUCUUCUGUGGCAUUUAGGUCGUGAUUUAAACAUUAAACUGCCGCCGAAUAAAUGUAGUACUAGAAAUUUUGACAGAUCUUUAUUAAGAGUCUUAGACAUGCUUCAAAAUAAAGAAAAACCUACACUGCAAUUACUCUCAGAAUCAUUCUUCAAUCACUGCCUUUUGCAUGGAGAUAUUUCUAGAAUAUUAACACCCAUAUUGUUUAGACUUCUCUCUUCAAAUACGGCCAGAGUUUCUAUAAGACACAUAAACAUCCGCGACGGGGAUACCUUAGAAGAUAAUGUCAAUCAAGAUAAUCAGAAAAAAGAAGAAUCUCAUUCUAAAAAAGUCUACGCUGUUAGUAGCGUAAAUGGUAACAUUAUGUAUCAUGUUACAGAAAAUACUAGACCAAAAUCGCCGAAAAAGAAGUGGUUUGCGUUUUCAAAGCCAGGAAAAAAGUUUGCUUCGGCCGUCAACAUGACUACUAGUUUAGUUGAAGAUACUAACAACUUCAUCACAGCAAAAAAUAAGGAUUUUAAAGGUUAUAACGUCUCGCCUAGCUUAGAUAAGCAUUCCAAAGGAAAUGUUAAAGUGAUUAUAAAUCCAUUAAGUUCUAAAGAGAUUUAUCCGCAUGGAUUGGAAGGAUCUUAUUCAUUGCUAGAUUCUCAUAAUUCUUCAGAGAGCUUAUCCAGCAGUGAUAACACUAUUAGUAUUGAUGAUUCAGUUGACAAAACAUAUGAAAAAUCAGAUUCAAAUACAGGUGAGAGGGACAGUGGAUAUAAUACUUUAAAACAAAAAAAACAGUCAGAAAUCCUCAAUGCCCUUGUCGACAAUAGUGCAAAAUCUUUACUAGAAAGUAUUGAACCAAUAUCGGAUGGAAUAAAGGCAGUAAAGUUAUCUAAAUCAAGAAGUUUCGAUGAAAAAAGCAACGUCCAGCCCGACGAUAUAGAAAAUUCGUUAGUACAGAGCUGGUCAUAUUGUAUAUCGGAUUCUGCGAACUUAAAUUGCGAGUUGGAGAUCAGUAAAAGCGCCGAAGAUUUUUUCAAUGGCAAAGGUGAAGAACAUGCCAUUGUAUCCACUAUUUUAAAUGAAAUUUUGGAAAGAGUUUGUAAAGAAAUCGAUAAGGAUUGUGAUUUACGGUCGUGCACGCCUAGCAGACCAACUGAUUUAGAUUUAAGGAACAAAAUUAAUACUUGUAAUUCGAAAAACUUUGUUCUUUAUCCCAUACAUUCGCAUUUAUGUUUAUAUUACGAAAUAUUUGAUUCAAAUCAAGUGAUUUAUGCUUUGCAAACAUUAAAAGGCUGUAUACUAUGUAACCCCAAAUUGUUUAUUAAAUGUUCUGCAACCAGUGGUAUCAAGGACCUAAAGAAUAAUGACGUGCUAUAUUUAUUGGCUAGACAUAGGAAGAGCUAUUUGGGAAAUGGUUUUAGCGGCGAAGUCGGUCAAGAAUACAUCAACUUUUACAGAGGAUAUAUGUUUCUUGACGUCAUAUUGUCCAUUUGUCUAAAUUUUAUACGAACUUUUUUCCCCUUUUAUGAAGAUUCCUGUCCCAUUAUAGACGAAUUAGAGCAUAAUAUUAAAAUCCACUUAGAAAGUUUUGAUAUAUUAAAUGUUAUAAUUGAAAACCUUAUAUCAAUGGUUGAAGAGAAUUCAAAUAAAGGUUUUGCUAGUUACAUAGCGGAUUUGUUGGUUAAGUGUAAGAUACAAAAAAUAUUAUUGCCUUGCCUUCUGAUGUCGGUACGCGAUUUUGAUGAAGAUAUGACUUUUGCUGAGGAUAUUUUACUUUUCAACAAUUUUCAAUUGUGUAAUAGUGAAAACAGGACUGGAGAACAUGUAGAAUCGUUUCAAAUUCAAUUACUAAGGUUAAUUCAUUCAUUAAUUAUUCUGGAACAUGCCGUAUUUCCAUCAUCUAAGUCAGCAAAUCAGCCUACACCAGAACCAUUGGCCAGCUCAAUGAGUGGGGAGCAUUUAAAUUAUUCUCCUACAGUUCUAAUACCCAAGCAGCAGAUAUUUUUGUCAGCAAUAUUAAGUGCUUUACGAAAUCAGAAUAUUAGGAAUUUACAUGAAAAAUGGUUAAAUAUGGUCACUUGUUGUUUGCCCUAUUUUGGCGAUAAUUUGAAGCAAAUUUCUUUGAGCGUCAUACACCAGAUUUGCAAUAAUAUUGAAGACAUAGCUAUAAACUACAAAAAGCCUGAUUUAGAUGAUUUUGAACUAGGGUCGGAUUAUACUGUAACUCAACUGGAAUCUCUGACAAUACUUUGUCACUAUUGCCUUCUGGAUCCGUCACAGACUGUAAACCAAAAUGUACCUGCCUCUGCUACCACACCUGUUGUAACUAAUCCUGGAGAAAUACUAAAUAACUUAGUUAAUGUAUUUUUUUCUCCAUUAAGUUCGGAUUUGAACUCGUCCACAAAACAGAAUUCGGACUAUUAUCAACACGCGCGUAAAACUAUUUUGAGUCAUAUGCCUAGGAUUAUUUCGAGUGUAGCUAAACUUUGGCAAACUAUUGUAGGUAUAGAAAGCGACUACAACAGUGUAUAUGGAAAUUCUAAAGUUGUAAAGCAACAACUUUUAGAGUUUCUAAGUCCAAUAGCUGUUCACCAUGGUGCUAGUUUUUUGGCUGCCGUAGGCGUCGCUUGGUACGAAAGAAGAAACCCGUUCUCUAAUUUUAAAGCUGUUAUACCGGAGCCUACUGUUGGACAGAAUAAUUUAGUGUAUCUGAUUUCCGCCAUAAGAGUUAUUCCUUUGGAUAAUUUAGUACAAACUGUAACUGCUGUGAUAAAGAACCCUCCUCCUUGUGAAGGUCUUAGUUCGGAUAUUUGUUUGGAUGUUUCAGUAUUAGAGUUAUUUUAUUGUUAUAUGCGUAAUGCAUCGGCCACUCAGCUCUCAGAAGCAUGGGGAUCUUUGUUGUCUCUUAUCAGAGAAGUAAAUUCGCUAACUCCUCCUGCGCAAUUCUUAUUAGCAGCUAUUUUACAUGAAAUGAUGAUUAAAUGUUGUCCAUUGGAGGAGAAGAAAGACCAGAAAGAUUUACAAGACGUCACUGCAAAAUUGAUAGACUGUGUCUCCCAAGUUUGUGGAUCUUGUCUGGAACAGACCACAUGGCUAAGGAGAAAUUACGCCGUUAGAGAACAUGAUGAAGAUAGUAUUCCAGAGUCCAGUAUUGUAAAUGGUGGUUCCGCUGAUAUAGUAUUAAGUUCUAGUCACAGUGUACAAGCCCAAUUGGUUUUAGCAGAAAUUUUAGCUCCUAUUUUAGAUAUUUGUUUCGGUUCGUCUGAAAAAGACAAAGUGAAUAACAUAUUAGCUUCACUAAUGUGCAACAUAGUACCUUAUUUGAGAACGCAUACAAUUAAAAAUAUGUCUAGUUUUACUGCGUGCUCCAAACUUUUAUCGAGCCUAAGUAGUUAUCAGUACACAAGAAAAGCCUGGAAAAAGGACGUUUUUGAUUUGCUAUUGGACAACACUCUCUUCCAAAUGGAUCACUCAUGUCUAAAGUACUGGAGAGUGAUAGUUGAUAAUUUGAUGACCCAUGACAAUACCACUUUCAGAGAUUUAAUGAAUCGUGUUUCAAUAACACCUAGUGGAACGCUGGGUAUUUUUUCGUCUAGAGAGCAGGAGCAUGAACAAAAAGCGCAAUUAUUAAAAAGACUCGCAUAUGUGAUAUUCUGCAGUGAAAUUGAUCAAUAUGCAAAAUAUAUGCCUGAAAUACAAGAGCAACUUACGACAAACCUUAGACUGAACACUCCAGGAAUACAGGCCCAGGUGUUUCUCUGUUUUCGAGUUAUUCUUAUCAGAAUAAGCCCGCUACAUGUUACAAGCCUUUGGCCAAUUAUAAUAAAUGAAAUGUUACAGGUAUUUCUACAAAUUGAACAAGAACUGACAACUGACACUGAGGAUUUUAGAAUCAAUAACAGUUCCCAUAUAAAGUUGAUGUCUACACUGGAUGCAAGUUGGGCAACAAAUAGCAACAAUGGACUUCAUGCUCUCGGCCAUCCUCAUUGGUUGAAAUUACAACUCUCUACUGCAAAACUAUUAGAUCUAGCCCUAUUAUUGCCAGCUACAACUUUACCACAAUUCCAGAUGUAUCGGUGGGCAUUUGUGGGAGACGAUCUUAUACGUAAAUCAGGCACUCCGCAUACAGCUUCGUUUACACCGCACGUAGUUAGAAUAGCAGAAUUAAUGGAUAGGAAAUAUGCCGAUACCCAUAUAGGCAUUUUACCAAUGAAAAGAAACGAACUGCUUUUAACCAGGAACAGCAUUAGUCAACUGGAAGACCUUCACAGUUUCUUUAAAACGCUUAGUUCUUGUUCAAAUAGGCAUAGGAGUGAGUGUAGUAAAACAGUGACCACCGAUAAUUUGUUUACAGAUCGCCAGUCGGAUAAAAAAUUGGAUAUGAUUUUGGAAAAAAUCGAUAGGGUCGUUGAAGCGGAUUUUCUAGACAAAAUUCCAAGAUAG